UCAAAGCCACCAAAGUAACAAGUAUCUUGCAGUUAUCCAUUCAGUUGGGCGACUAUAAAAAAACAAGACUCCAUCAAAUUUAGUACGAAACUAGUGAAAAGGUCUAUUCACGAAAAAAAAUAAGAAAAUAUUCCCCCAAAAUGGAGUCUCCCAAUGGCGACCUUUACACCCUGGAGGCCAAUCUGGCGAACAAGGCGCUCCGUGAACUGACAGAUGGCGCCGACAAGGAUCCCAUCACCAAGCUGCGAUUGCUCUGCUUUAGCCGCGGAGCAACAGGCAUUUUGGGUUUGGGCAGGGCUUUCCGGGCGAUGGACGACGAUGGCAGCAAGGCGCUAAACGAGGAGGAGUUCAUCACCGGCAUCAGGGACACGGGCCUCGAUGUCACCGCGGAGGAGAUCAAGCAGAUGUUUGCCAGGUUCGAUGAGGAUGGCAGUGGAUCCAUCAACAUGACCGAGUUUCUGCUUAAGUUGAGGCCUCCAAUGCCACAAAGUCGCUUGAACAUCAUUGACCAGGCCUUCGACAAAAUGGACCGUGAUGAUGAUGGUGUUAUUACCAUUCAAGAUCUCAAGAACGUUUACUCGGUAAGGGAGCAUCCAAAGUACCAGAGCGGAGAAAAGUCCGAGGAUGAAAUCCUCACCGAUUUCCUGCACAACUUCGAGGGAGGACGUGGAAACCUGGAUGGCAAGAUAACCCGUGAGGAGUUUGUCAACUACUAUGCCACCAUUAGUGCCUCAAUCGACAACGAUAUGUACUUCGAUCUGAUGAUGCGACAGGCCUACCGCAUGUAAAUAAUGCACAAAACUCACUCAAAUAAUUUAUGGCACUCCACUAAAAUCUCAACUCACUUCAGCAACAUUUAGUUCGGUUCAUGUUCUAUUUAUACGCAGCUCAGAAAAUAAAUAAAACGUCUGGUUGCAUUUAAAUAAAUCUCUUUGUAAACUCCA